UGCUGAGAGAAGUGAGAGGAAACUAGAGAGCAGAACGCCGAUGUUAAAGCAAGGAAGUAGCACAAACUCAAGAGCCUGUCGGACAGUUCGGUAGCAUUCGGGUCAUUCUUCGCGAAAGGUUGAAGAUUUGAGGAAAGUUCUCAACGAACGGCGCCGGGGAAAACAGCUAAAAUGUCAGACGCAGAGAAGUUCCUCUAUGCCGACCGCAACACUAUCAACGACCCUUUGGCUCAGGCAGACUGGGCCACUAAGAAGCUGGUGUGGGUUCCUUCAGAGAAGCUGGGUUUUGAGGCUGGAUCCAUCAAAGAGGAGACUGGAGAUGAGUGUCUCGUGGAACUGGCUGACUCUGGCAAGAAGAUCAAGGUGAACAAGGACGACAUCCAGAAGAUGAACCCACCCAAAUUCAGCAAGGUGGAGGAUAUGGCCGAACUCACCUGCCUGAAUGAAGCAUCUGUUCUGCACAAUCUGAGGGAACGAUACUACUCAGGACUCAUCUAUACAUAUUCUGGGCUCUUCUGUGUGGUAAUAAACCCAUACAAGUAUCUGCCAAUUUACACAGAGGAGAUCGUGGAGAUGUACAAAGGCAAAAAGAGGCACGAGAUGCCCCCUCAUAUCUACGCCAUCACAGACACAGCCUACAGAAGCAUGAUGCAGGAUCGUGAGGAUCAGUCCAUAUUGUGCACGGGUGAAUCUGGUGCUGGAAAAACCGAAAACACCAAAAAAGUCAUUCAGUACCUCGCUUAUGUUGCAUCAUCCUUCAAAACAAAGAAAGAUCAAAGCAGUAUCGCCCUGUCACAUGGUGAGUUGGAGAAACAGUUACUCCAGGCUAACCCAAUUCUGGAGGCCUUCGGCAAUGCCAAGACUGUGAAGAAUGAUAAUUCAUCUCGAUUUGGAAAGUUUAUCAGGAUAAACUUCGAUGUCAAUGGUUACAUCGUUGGAGCCAAUAUUGAAACCUAUCUCUUGGAGAAGUCUCGUGCGAUCAGGCAGGCUAAAGAUGAGCGGGCUUUCCAUAUUUUCUAUUACUUGCUAACAGGAGCAGGAGACAAAUUGCGCUCUGAGCUGUGCCUAGAGGACUACAAUAAGUACCGUUUCCUGUCAAAUGGAAAUGUAACUAUCCCAGGACAACAGGAUAGAGAACUGUUUGCCGAAACCAUAGAUGCCUUCAGGAUUAUGGGCAUUCCGGAGGAUGAGCAGACAGGACUUUUGAAGGUGGUGUCUGCUGUACUACAGCUGGGAAACAUGAGUUUUAAAAAGGAACGCAACUCUGACCAAGCCUCCAUGCCCGAUGACACAGCUGCCCAGAAGGUGUCCCACCUCUUGGGCAUGAAUGUGACUGAUUUCACCCGUGCCAUUCUCUCGCCACGCAUCAAAGUGGGUCGUGAUUUUGUUCAGAAGGCUCAGACUCAAGAACAAGCUGAGUUUGCGGUGGAGGCCUUGGCCAAAGCCACAUACGAGAGACUGUUUCGCUGGUUGGUUAUGCGCAUCAACAAAGCUUUAGAUAAAACCAAGCGUCAGGGAGCUUCUUUCAUCGGAAUCCUGGACAUCGCUGGGUUUGAGAUCUUUGAGCUGAACUCAUUCGAGCAGCUCUGCAUCAACUACACCAAUGAGAAGCUCCAGCAGCUCUUCAACCACACCAUGUUCAUCCUGGAGCAGGAGGAGUAUCAGCGGGAAGGCAUCGAAUGGAGCUUCAUCGACUUCGGCCUCGACCUGCAGCCCUGCAUUGAACUCAUCGAGAAGCCUAAUGGUCCACCAGGAAUCUUGGCUCUGUUGGAUGAGGAGUGCUGGUUCCCCAAAGCCACAGAUAAAUCCUUUGUGGAGAAAGUGGUGCAAGAAUUGGGCAACAACCCCAAAUUCCAAAAACCCAAGAAACUCAAAGAUGAUGCUGACUUCUGUAUCAUUCACUAUGCUGGAAAAGUCGAUUACAAGGCAAAUGAAUGGCUAAUGAAGAACAUGGAUCCUCUGAAUGACAAUGUGGCCACUCUGCUCAACCAGUCUGUGGACAAGUUUGUGUCUGAGCUCUGGAAAGAUGUGGACAGAAUUGUGGGAUUGGACAAAGUUGCUGGAAUGGCUGAAUCCCUGCAUGGAGCAGUCAAAACUCGUAAGGGAAUGUUCCGUACCGUUGGACAACUGUACAAAGAGCAGCUGACGAAUCUGAUGACCACCCUCAGAAAUACCAACCCAAACUUUGUCCGAUGCAUAAUCCCCAACCAUGAGAAAAAGGCUGGUAAAUUGGCACAUCACCUGGUUCUAGACCAGCUAAGGUGUAAUGGAGUUCUAGAAGGAAUUCGGAUCUGUAGACAAGGGUUCCCCAACCGUAUUGUCUUCCAGGAGUUCAGACAAAGAUAUGAGAUCCUCACUCCAAAUGCCAUUCCCAAGGGCUUUAUGGAUGGGAAGCAGGCCUGUGUCCUCAUGGUCAAGGCCCUGGAGCUAGAUUCAAACUUGUACCGUAUCGGUCAGAGUAAAGUGUUCUUCAGGGCUGGAGUUCUUGCCCACCUGGAGGAGGAGCGAGAUAUGAAGAUCACCGACGUCAUCAUCAACUUCCAGGCCUGGUGUAGAGGCUACGUUGCUAGGAGAGCCUUUGCCAAGAGGCAGCAGCAGCUGACAGCCAUGAGGGUGAUUCAGAGGAACUGUGCAGCCUACUUGAAACUAAGGAAUUGGCAGUGGUGGAGACUCUUCACCAAGGUGAAGCCUUUGCUGCAAGUGACCAGACAGGAAGAGGAAAUGGUUGCUAAGGAGGAAGAGUUGGUCAAGAUGAAGGAGAGGCAGCAGCAGGCUGAAGACCAGCUCAAAGAGUCUGAGGCCAAACAAAAGCAGUUAAAUGCAGAAAAGAUGGCGCUACAGGAGCAGUUGCAAGCUGAGACUGAGCUAUGUCAAGAGGCUGAAGAGAUGAGGUCACGUCUUACUGGACGCAUGCAGGAGAUGGAAGAAGUCCUGCAUGAACUGGAGUCCCGUUUGGAGGAAGAGGAGGAGAGAGUCGCACAGUUUCAGUCCGAGAAAAAGAAAAUGCAACAAAACAUUGGGGAUCUGGAGCAGCAACUAGAUGAGGAGGAAGCUGCCAGACAGAAGUUGCAGUUGGAGAAGGUCACAAUGGAUGCAAAGCUGAAGAAGAUCGAGGAGGACCUUAUGGUCAUUGAGGACCAAAACGCCAAACUUUCCAAGGAGAAAAAGCAGAUGGAGGAGAGAAUCUCUGAGUUCACCACUAACCUGGCUGAAGAGGAGGAGAAAUCAAAGAGUCUGCAGAAACUGAAGACCAAACAUGAAACCAUGAUUACUGACCUGGAGGAUCGUUUAAGAAAGGAAGAGAAAAUGAGGCAGGAGUUGGAGAAGAACAGGAGGAAGUUGGAGGGUGACUCUACAGAGCUGCAUGAUCAGAUCGCAGAGCUGCAGGCUCAGAUUGCAGAGCUCCGGGCCCAGCUGGCCAAGAAAGAGGAAGAGCUUCAGGCUGCAUUAGCAAGGAUUGAGGAAGAAGCCGCACUGAAGAACGCUGCCCAGAAGAGCAUUCGCGAAAUGGAGGCUCAGAUCUCAGAGUUGCAGGAAGAUCUGGAGCUGGAGAAAGCUGCUCGCAACAAAGCCGAGAAACAACGCAGAGACUUGGGAGAAGAGCUGGAGGCGCUGAAGACAGAACUGGAGGACACGCUGGACUCUACAGCUGCUCAGCAAGAGCUCAGGGCAAAGAGAGAGACUGAAGUGACUCAGCUGAAGAAGACUCUGGAAGAUGAGGCUCGAUCACAUGAGCAGAUGCUCAGUGAAGUGCGACAGAAACACAACCAGGCCUUUGAAGAGCUCAAUGAACAACUCGAGCAGUCCAAGAGGAGUAAAGCAUCUGUGGACAAAGCUAAACAGGCUCUGGAGAGUGAGCGCAAUGAGCUUCAGAUUGAACUCAAGUCAUUGUCGCAAAGUAAAAACGAUUCUGAGAACCGCAGGAAGAAAGCAGAGUCUCAGCUGCAGGAGCUCCAGGUCAAACACGGCGAGAGCGAGAGACAGAAACACGAACUGAUUGAUAAAGUGUCAAAAAUGCAGGCGGAGCUUGAAUCUCUUCAAGGCACAGUGACUAAGGUGGAGAGCAAAUCCAUCAAAGCUGCGAAAGACUGUUCUGCUGUUGAAUCCCAGCUCAAAGACGCACAGGCGUUGCUAGAGGAAGAGACCAGGCAGAAGCUGGCCAUCUCCACUCGUCUUCGGCAACUGGAGGAUGAACAGAACAACCUGAAAGAGAUGCUGGAGGAGGAAGAGGAGAGCAAGAAAAAUGUUGAAAAGCAGCUGCACACCGCUCAAGCUCAGUUGGCGGAGAUGAAGAAAAAGAUUGAGCAAGAGGCACAGAGCCUGGAGAGCAUGGAGGACGGGAAGAAGAAAUUGCAAAGGGAGGUGGAAAGCAUCCUGCAGCAGUUGGAGGAGAGAAAUUCCAGCUAUGAUAAACUGGAUAAGACCAAGACACGUCUGCAGCGGGAGCUUGAUGAUGUCCUGGUUGACCAGGGUCACCUCCGGCAGAUCGUGCAGGAGCUCGAACGCAAACAGAAGAAGUUUGACCAGAUGCUAGCAGAUGAGAAGGGCAUCUCCACAAAGUACGCUGAGGAGAGGGAUCGUGCUGAAGCAGAGGCCCGUGAGAAAGAGACCAAAUCCCUGACUCUGGCCCGAGAGCUGGAGGCCAUGACUGACCUGAAGAAUGAACUGGAGCGGGUCAACAAGCAGCUCAAAACAGAGAUGGAGGACCUGGUGUCAUCUAAGGAUGAUGCUGGCAAGAGUGUGCACGAGCUUGAGCGAGCCAAGAGAGGAAUGGAGCAGCAGUUAGAAGAGAUGAAGACUCAACUGGAGGAGCUGGAGGAUGAACUGCAGCUCACAGAAGAUGCCAAACUGCGCCUGGAGGUUAACAUGCAGGCCCUGAAGGCUCAGUUCGAGAGAGACCUGCAGAGCAGAGAUGAGCAGGGUGAGGAAAAGCGAAAGCAGCUCGUCAAACAGGUGCGUGAGAUGGAGAUGGAGCUGGAGGAUGAGAGGAAACAGCGGGCUCAGGCUGUAUCUGUGCGCAAGAAGCUGGAGCUUGAUCUGUCGGAGCUGGCUGCUCAGAUUGAUUUGGCCAACAAGGCUCGAGAUGAGGCCCUCAAACAGCUCAAGAAACUGCAGGCUCAGAUGAAAGAACAGAUGAGAGAGUUUGAGGAUCUUCGUCUGUCCAGAGACGAGUCUCUCAACCAGGCCAAAGAAAACGAGCGCAAGAUCAAGAGCAUGGAAGCCGAGAUCAUGCAGCUACACGAGGAUCUGGCUGCUGCUGACAGAGCAAAAAGACAAAUCCAGCAAGAGCGAGAUGAGUUACAGGAUGAGAUCAAUAGCCAGAAUGCCAAGAACUCACUGAGCAGCGACGAGAGGAGGAGACUGGAGGCACGUAUUGCUCAGCUUGAGGAGGAACUCGAGGAAGAACAUCUCAGUGUGGAGCUGGUCAAUGAUCGACUGAAGAAAGCCUCACUCCAGGCUGAGCAGGUGACCGUGGAGCUGACUGCAGAGCGUAGUAAUAGUCAGCGCCUGGAGGGUCUGCGCUCUCAGCUGGACCGCCAGAACAAGGACAUGAAGCAGAAACUACAGGAGCUGGAAGGAGCUGUGAAGAGCAAGUACAAGUCCACCAUUACUGCGCUGGAGACCAAGAUUCAGCAGCUCGAAGAACAGAUGGAUAGUGAGAUGAAGGAGAGACAGCAGUCCACUAAACAGGCGCGGCGUGUAGAGAAGAAACUCAAAGAAGUGUUACUGCAGGUGGAGGAUGAGAGGCGCAAUGCUGACCAAUUCAAAAAUGAGACUGAGAAGGCGAACACUCGUCUGAAGCAGCUGAAAAGGCAGCUGGAGGAGACUGAGGAGGAAGCGGCUCGAGCAAACGCCUCCCGCAGGAAACUGCAGAGAGAGCUGGACGACGCCACUGAGUCUGCUAAUGCCAUGAACCGGGAGGUCAGCACCCUCAAGAACAAACUCAGGCGUGGAGAUUUCACUGUUAAUGUGCGUCGAGCCGUUGGACGCCCUGGUGUGGAAAGUGAUGAUGAGAACGAUCUGAAAAGUGAGGGGUCUGAGCCAACUCCUGAGUAGACUUCAGUGCCCUUGAGUAUACCAGAUGAGGACCUGCUAUCAGCCAUCUUGCUCAUCUUAUGCUUCAAAGGCAACUGUAUAGUUAAUGGGGUUUCCCCUGCAAUGUUUUAAAGUCUAAUAUGAGCCAAACUAUUAAUUGGUUGGGAAAUUUGUUCAUCUUGCCACUUGCCAAGAAUUAUCUUUGCAAUGAUGCUGAAAUGUUUCAUUCGGCCUGUUCUGUCCUUACCCUGUUGACAGCUGCCUUACAAUGCAUUCAAUAAAUAUUGGCUAUUUAUAUUUUACAUGAGACAAAGUAUUUAUACAUUUUCCAAAUAAAUUUUUAUAAUGGUAUAAUAAUAUAAUGGACUUUCCUUUUUUGAAAUAUUACAUAAUCUAGGAUUUGCAGAAAUAUCAACCAUCAGCCAAAGAGAGAUUUAUCUUGCAGCCGUUUUGUUUCAAGAGCACUUCAGCACCAAUAAGCCUUUUCCUGAUAGUUUCACUGCACUUUUCCACCUGUUUUAAACGUGAUUUUGGACCGUUUGCCUUAAUUUCAUUAAAGGUAUUGUUAAUGAUUGGAGUUCUCACUCAGGACUUGUGUACUUCAAACUGUUUUUAAUCCAUUCAUGAUGUUUAGAAGUUCACACUUUAGGUGGUGGGUUGUAGUUUUUACAUUUAUACUCAAGUGUUAUUGUUGGUUCUUUUCUAUGUAUUUACAUACGCGCUGCUUUAUCUCAAUAGUAUUUGCUGCAUGAUACGCAAUUCUUCUGUAUAACGCUUUACUUGGAGAGAAGAAAUCAUGAUAUGCCUAUAAAUUGUCAAACUUUGUGCAUUGGUAGUGGAAUUACUGUAUUUGGAACAAUUAAAAAAUGUAUCCGUCUCACUUUACAUGUUCCAUUGCAUCUGAAUAAAGCUUUGUCUUUUGUA